CGCGGCCCACGUGGGUGGAGGUUUCCAGAAGAGCCGCGGCCCCGCGCACACCUUGUCCUGCCACCGGUCCUGCUCCGUCGCCCUGCAGCCAUGCUCAGCGCCCGCCGCGCCGCCGCCCGCCUCCCGCUGCUCCUGCCGCGCGCGGCCCCCGCGCCCGCGCCGCCCGGGCUGGCGCAGACAUUCUGGAAUGGCCUCAGUCAGAAUGUUCUCAGAGCAGCAUCCAGCAGAAAAUAUGCCUCAGAAGCAAUUAAAGGUGCUGUUAUUGGAAUUGACCUGGGGACAACCAACUCCUGUGUGGCAGUUAUGGAAGGAAAGCAAGCAAAAGUGCUGGAAAACGCGGAAGGUGCCAGGACAACCCCUUCCGUUGUGGCCUUCACAGCCGACGGGGAGCGGCUGGUGGGGAUGCCGGCCAAGCGGCAGGCGGUGACCAACCCGCACAACACCUUCUACGCCACCAAGCGGCUGAUCGGGAGGCGCUUCGAUGACUCUGAAGUGAAGAAGGAUAUUAAGAACGUUCCGUUUAAAAUUGUCCGUGCCUCCAACGGUGAUGCCUGGGUAGAGGCUCAUGGGAAGCUCUAUUCUCCGAGCCAGAUCGGUGCCUUUGUGCUGAUGAAGAUGAAGGAGACUGCAGAAAACUACCUGGGACAUGCAGCCAAGAAUGCUGUGAUCACAGUCCCUGCUUACUUCAAUGAUUCCCAGAGACAGGCCACUAAAGACGCUGGGCAGAUCGCUGGCUUGAAUGUUUUGAGAGUGAUUAAUGAACCAACAGCAGCUGCACUUGCCUAUGGUCUGGACAAGUCUGAAGACAAAGUGAUUGCAGUCUAUGAUUUGGGUGGUGGCACAUUUGAUAUUUCCAUUUUGGAAAUCCAGAAGGGAGUCUUUGAGGUGAAGUCUACCAAUGGUGACACUUUCCUAGGUGGAGAAGAUUUUGACCAGGCUUUGCUGCAGCAUAUUGUUAAAGAGUUCAAGAGAGAGAUGGGUGUUGACCUGACUAAAGACAACAUGGCCCUUCAGAGGGUGAGAGAGGCAUCAGAGAAAGCAAAGUGUGAGCUUUCAUCAUCUGUGCAGACUGAUAUUAACUUGCCGUACCUCACGAUGGAUGCCUCUGGACCAAAGCACUUGAACAUGAAGCUGAGCCGCGCGCAGUUCGAGGGCAUCGUGGCCGACCUGAUCAAGAGGACGGUGGCACCCUGCCAGAAAGCCAUGCAGGAUGCUGAGGUCAGCAAGAGUGACAUCGGUGAAGUCAUCCUCGUCGGUGGCAUGACCAGGAUGCCGAAGGUGCAGCAGACUGUGCAGGAAUUGUUUGGCCGAGCUCCCAGCAAAGCUGUUAAUCCUGAUGAAGCUGUGGCUAUUGGGGCAGCCAUUCAAGGUGGUGUCUUGGCUGGUGAUGUUACUGAUGUGCUGCUGCUGGAUGUGACUCCCCUCUCCUUGGGCAUUGAGACACUGGGAGGUGUCUUCACGAAGCUUAUCAACAGGAAUACUACCAUACCAACUAAGAAGAGCCAGGUGUUUUCUACAGCAGCAGAUGGUCAGACCCAAGUGGAGAUUAAAGUGUGCCAGGGAGAGAGAGAGAUGGCAAGUGACAACAAGCUUCUUGGCCAGUUCACAUUGGUUGGGAUUCCCCCAGCACCCCGUGGAGUGCCACAGAUCGAGGUCACUUUUGACAUCGAUGCCAAUGGCAUCGUUCACGUCUCCGCCAAGGACAAAGGCACCGGACGCGAGCAGCAGAUUGUUAUCCAGUCUUCUGGUGGCCUUAGCAAGGAUGAAAUUGAGAACAUGGUGAAGAAUGCAGAGAAAUAUGCAGAGGAAGACAGGCGAAGAAAGGAACGUGUGGAAGCUGUGAACAUGGCUGAAGGCAUCAUCCAUGAUACAGAGUCCAAGAUGGAGGAGUUCAAGGAUCAGCUGCCAGCAGAUGAGUGCAACAAAUUGAAGGAAGAAAUUGCUAAAAUGAGGGAGCUGCUGGCUCGUAAAGACACUGAAACAGGAGAGAACAUCAGGCAGGCAGCCACCAACCUGCAGCAGGCUUCCCUGAAACUCUUUGAAAUGGCAUACAAGAAGAUGGCCUCCGAGCGAGAGGGUGCUGGAAGCUCAGGGGAUCAGAAGGAGGAGAAGCAAUAAGAAGUCUCUGCCUUGCCUUGACCAGAGCAUGAAGAGGUCGAUUUUUUUUCCUUGAAGCUUGGGAGAGAAGGGACCUUCCUGAGCAGCAGUGGGCAGAAUUCAGACUUACUGUGUUUUUGCAGUAUUCUAUAUAUAAAAUUCUUUAAUGUAUAAACUUA